AUGGACGAUGCCAUGCUAGUUCGUCUAGAACUAAUCCAUGAGCGCAUAGUGAGUUUGAUGGCACAAAGCGCCACCAGAGAAGCAGUCACUGAAGAUGAAUUGACUAAACAGAUUCAGUUGGUGGAGGAGUGCAGCUCAAGGCUCACACAGGAGUUACAUUUUUACAUUGAGAAAGGUAGUCAAAUUUCAAGUGAGAGUUUAAAAAAAUUUACCAAGACACAGUUUCAGUCUGACGAAUGGAGGGUAGAGAUGAAAGCCCUGUUAAAAAAUUCUUCAGUCACACUUAACACUGCCAAAUUACCAAAACUUUCUCUUCCAAAAUUCAAGGGAGAAACUCUACGGUGGGCAGAGUUUUGGGAUCGUUUCAAGAGUAAUGUUCACGACAAGGCCUUGCCUGAUGCAGAAAAGAUGGCAUACCUAGUCGGCUGCCUAGAAGAAGAGGCUCUUCAGGCAGUUGAAGGCCUCGGGAUAACUGAAUUAAAUUACAACGUAACAUUAGAAAUACUAAAAGAAAGGUUUGGGAACCAGCAAAAAGUUAUUGAUGCUCAUUACGAUGCCAUCAAUAACCUUCAAAGAGCAGCGCACCAUGCCACAGAGUGCAGAGUAAAUUUUAAUAUGAUAGAGAGACAUCUAAGAAUCCUACAAAGUUUAGGAGAAACCGUAAAUGGGAAUCAUUUAAGGUCUACCAUUCUUUCCAAAUUCCCUGAGAAGGUGGUAUAUGAAUUACACUUAUUAACGCUGACUGAUAAUAUUGAUAACAUACGAAGCGGCUUACAGAAAAUUAUAACUGCAAUGGAGAGUGCCAAAGAAAGCCCCGUCCCAAGUAGUAGUGACAAAAUUUCAACGGCAGCAUUACAUAUAACCACCCAUCAGACGAAAGGGAAACAGGACUACAAGAGAAUAUCCCAUAAAAAGGGAUUUCUUAAACGGAAAUUACCGGAGAAUACAGAGAGGUUAAGGAUAUCAAUGACAGGAAAAAGAAACUCGGCAAAAGAUGUUACAUUUGCUUCAAGGAAGGACAUAGAACAACAACAUGUCACAAUAGGAAGCCAUGUUACUUCUGCAAAGGAAAUCAUAAUCAAGCUUUAUGUCCACAAAAGCCAGACGGCAAUAGUGGAGGUGGGGCAGAAGAACUCAAACAGAACUAAGACAAGGAGGCUGAUGCUUGACAAUGGCAGUGGUCGCAGCUAUAUUACCAGGAAGCUUGCAAAAGAACUUGACUUAGCGGCAGAUCAGGAAGAUGAAUUAAUGGUAUUUGUCUUCGGUGCUGAUGACCCAGUUAACAUUUCCAGCCCAUCAGCUGACAUCCAAAUCAUAACAAGAAGAGGUAUCAGAAGAGAUAUUCGAGUGAACAUUGUGCGCCGUAUAGCAAAUUAUCUUGGUCCUCCUAUGAGUAUGGAUGGAAUUGAUGGAGUAGAUGUUGUAGCUGAUGAUGGGUCUGCUAGAGAAGAACCACAACUUUUGAUAGGUGGUGACUAUUGUUAUUCAUUUUACAGAAAGGAAAUGUUAUUGCUGAAAGAGCACUUAUAUUUAAUUAACACAGAUUUUGGCUGGAUGAUUGCCGGCAAGGUCCAACAAGAAGAGAAAAACAAUACACUAUCUGUCAUCAUGUACUGCCAAUGCCAAGGAUCAGUAAUACCCUAUUUUGUAACACCAGACUUACCUCUCCGGGAACCGGACAUCAGGUUUCUAUGGGCCUUAGAAAGUAUUGGGAUUGUAGACUCUCCUAAGAUAACUAGAGAGGAAGAGGCGAUCAAACACUUUAACGAAACGGUCAAAUAUGAAGAUAAGAGAUAUCAGGUGAAGUGGCCCUGGAUAACAUACCCACCUGACUUACCCACUAACUAUGGUCUUGCUUAUGGGAGACUGUCAAGCUUAAUUCGAAGAUUAGAACAAGAUGCCAUGGAAGAGUAUGAUAGCAUUCUGAGAGAACAACUAACUGCAGGGGUUAUAGAAGUUAUAGAUCCCUCAGAAAUUGUUUCUAAGACACAUCCUGUUCACUAUCUUGCCCAUCAUAUUAUUCUUCCGAAAGGAAAGAAGGGGCGUGUUGUGUAUGAUGGUUCGGCUAAACUUAAGAAUAGUAAGAGCCUCAAUGAAUGCAUGUACAGAGGACCUUCGAUGCUUGAAGACUUGACCGCUCUCCUUUUGAGAUUCAGAGUCAACAAGAUUGGAAUUACAGCAGAUGUAGAAAAGGCCUUUCUUCAGGUAGGACUACAACAGGAGGAUAGAGAUGUGACCAGGUUUUUAUGGCUUAAGGACCCCAAACAAGGAGUGACUGAGAAGAACCUUCUCCAUCUGCGCUUCUGUCGUGUCCCAUUUGGGGUAAUAUCCAGUCCAUUUUUGUUGACGGCUACGAUUCGACAUCAUUUGUCACAGGGUGACCAGAACCUUAUGUCAGAAAUAGCAGAAAGAACCUACGUGGACAACUUAGUCACAGGAACAGAUACGUUAGAGGAAGCUCGUGAACUUGUAAACAAGACUAGGGCGACGUUCACAGAAUUGUCAAUGAAUAUAAGAGAAUGGACAUCCAACAACAAACUAUUGUUGAAGAGCAUUCCAAAACAGUUUCGAUCAAAAGACACUGAAUCGACAAAGGUAUUAGGACUUACCUGGCACAUGAGAAAGGAUACCCUGAAACUAAGGUUGGGUGAUGUGCUAUCUGAUACACAGCAAGACAAGACAACUACAACAAAACGAGGGAUAUUGCGAACUCUUGCUUCAUUAUAUGAUCCUUGCGGAUUCGCGGCACCCUUAAUUUUGCCUGCAAAACUCCUUCUUCAAGAACUAUGGAGAAGGAAAGAAAAAUGGGAUUCUCAAUUGCCAGAGGACUUAAAGGAAGAAUGGCAGAAGGCAGUAAGUGCUUUACAGACUGCCGAUGAAAUAGAAAUACCCAGAUAUGUUGGCCUGUCACCAAAUGAAGACACAGAAUGUGAACUUCAUUGUUUCACUGACGCAUCUAAAAGAGCCUACUCAGCUGUAGUAUAUCUGAGGAUAGUGAAUAAGGAAGAUAAGAGCACUAAAGUCAGGCUCAUAAUGGCUAAAUCCCGGGUUACCCCGAUAAACCACACGGAAGACCUCAAAAUCCCAAAAUUGGAAUUACUUGGAUUCGUCAUAGGGAAGCGACUCUUAACUUAUGUAAAGAACACCCUUAGAAUAGACUUGAAGCGACUAUGCCUUUGGUCCGACAGUGAAAUAGUUUUAUACUGGAUGAAAUCGGAAAAGUUGUUGCCUCCAUUCGUUUGCAGAAGAAUAAACGAAAUUAAACAGAAUAAAGACAUAGAACCUAGAUAUGUCAAUACAGAAUUGAACCCUGCAGAUCUAGCAACACGACCGGAACUUUGGCAUACGAAGAAGGAAUUGUGGUUCAAUGGACCUCAAUUUCUUUCGCUGAGUGAGGAGGGCUGGCCAAAGUUGCAAGAACAUGGCCAGUCAGUUCUUUUUGCAGGAACCGAUUCAAUAAUAGAUACCAUGGAGACGGACAUGUCAUCUCAAGCAGAAGAAUCAGUCAGAGGAAGCAUAGAACAGGAAAAUACAGAAGGAAUGACGAUAGAUAUAGAGAAUAUAGAAGACAAUGGCCAGAUGCAAGUUUCGGCCACCGGAGUUGAUUUUAACUGCACAGAGAUAAAGAAUUUACAAAAAUUACACUUCCCACAAGAGGCAGCAGGCAAGAAAACGAGCCUAUCUAGGAAUUUAGGACUAUUUGUGGAUAUGGAUGGAUUAUUAAGAUGUAAAGGUCGGCUUAUGAACACAAUGUGUUCAUAUGACACCAAAUAUCCGAUAUUGAUACCUAAGAACUCGGAAUUUACAGACAGACUGAUUCUGGAGACUCAUCAGAGAUACUAUCAUGUGGGAACCCCACAUACACUGUGCAUUAUUCGCCAGAAAUACUGGAUUCCUCAAGGAAGAGCGAAGGUUCAGCGAAUCAUAAGAAAAUGCCAACAGUGUGUUAAACAUGGAGGUGGUCCUUACAAACUUCCCCCCACACCAGCACUGCCAGCAGAACGUGCUAAUUAUAGUGCUCCUUUCACAUACACUGGCAUCGACUAUUUUGGGCCAAUCCUUGUUACGGAGAACGGACAGAUGAGAAAAAGAUGGAUUUGUCUGUAUACUUGUCUGGCUGUACGCGCCAUUCACAUGGAAGUAGUUAAGGAUUUAACUGCGGAGGAAUGUUUACUUGCAAUGAGAAGAUUCAUAUCCACCAGAGGAAGACCAGAACUCAUCAUUUCAGACAAUGCAUUACAGUUUAAAUUAACUGCAGAAUUAUUGUCAAACACAUACUUCAUGGACAAUAAAAUAAGGUGGAAGUUUAUCCCUCAGCUCAGUCCAUGGCAUGGAGGUUUUUAUGAAAGGCUGGUCGGCAUCGUGAAGAAUUGCAUGAAGAGAACCUUAGAAAAGAGAAUUCUAAAUGACUCACAGCUGAGUACAGUUGUCAAAGAAAUCGAAGCUGUGGCUAAUUCACGUCCACUUACUUGUGUUGGUUCAGACAUAGAAUAUGUUUUAAGGCCGGCAGACUUUCUCACCUACGGGAAAUGUAUAGCGAUUGAGCCUUCUAUACAAAAUCCGUAUCCAGGUGGUUCCGUCACAAAAGAAAAUCUAAUAGAAGGAUGGAAGAAGGGUCAAAUUAUACUAGAAGAAUUUAAAAGAAUGUUUCUGGGACAGUACUUAUGCAGUCUACGUGAAAGGUACCAACAUUCACACAAGGAACCCCGAGUUAAAACUCAUCAAAGCCCUCAUAUUGGUGACAUAGUCCAGAUGAAGGGAGACUCGAAAAACAGAGAGAACUGGAAGGUAGGAAAAAUCAUCAGUUUGGAACGAGGUGCCGAUGGAGAAUGCAGAGUUGCAAAGGUCAAUGUUGAAGGAAAAGAAUUUAUAAGAUCAAUAGGUCACUUAUAUCCAUUAGAAGUGGAAGAGGCUAGACUGGAAGUUGCAGGAACACAAGAAAGAAUUCAAGUAAAUCCAGAUGUACGGGAGACAGAGGAAUCUUCACUACAUGGAAUCACAGAGAUAUCUGAAAUAGAAACCAGAUAUCCUGAAAGGGAAUCAACAGAACAGGUGCCACCAGAAAUUGCAGUAGAGGAUGAUGUUAUAUUGGAGACCAAUGGUUUAGACAAAAUACUCACUCCCGAAGAACGGGUGCAUGAAAAUGGUAUUGGUGAGCAUAGUAAAGCGGUGACUGAAGGUGACGAAGACGUAGGGAGAGUAGAAACUGUGUCAAAUGUCAAUAACGAAAGAAGUAGAAGAGCAGCGGCUGUCCGGGCGAGAGAAAAGAUUGCCCAAUGGACGAGCCAGCUGAUAGCCCUGCUUUAAAAACUCACGGCCGUUGGGGAGUGUCGCGUCGAACGCGAACCUCAACAAAAUAGCAGUAGGAGGUAGAAGACUUUUUUCCCAACGGAACAAUGUUCGCGUGGGCGGGAAGUAAGUUGUGAAGAAAGAAAGAAGACCUGCGGGUUUUAAAUGGUGAGUGUUAGAAAUAUAGUAUCAUCAUUAUUUGUACUAGAGAGAUGAAGGGAUAUCCGAGAAUGAAGAAUGAGAAUUAGAACAGAAACAGCCAAGAAUAAGCCAAAUGGUUGUGAGUGGACAGGGUCGGGCUAUAAGGGGAGUUGUGGAGGCCCGCGGCGGAGAAAGAAUCUCCGCCAAACAAUCAGAAUAGAAACUAGAAUAGAAUGUAAAUUGUAUUAGAAUCUAGAUCAGAAUAUAAAUCUAGAAAUCACUUCAUCUCUCACUCUUUAGUAAUAUGUGGUAUAUUCUCAGAUGUAUCUUGUCGUUAUGUCUUGUUAGAACUCAGGCAUGGUUUGAUAUUAGGGUAAUAAAGAAUAUUACUCUAGUUGCCAGCCUUGCAUAGAUAUAGACGUCACGAC